UACUUGUAAAUUUUAGUACCCCCGACAUCUCCUUUCAAUGAAGAAUGCAUUGUGCCAACAACUGUGCAGACUAAACUCCAUCAUGAGGUUUUUUCUGUACCAUAUAACUGACACAAUGCUUUUUUCAUUGACAGAGGCCUCAGUGCAUGUGAAGUGAUGACGUGUUCAGAUGAGACUAUACUUGUCUGACUAAAACACUGCUUUUUAUUUAAAUUCGCCGACCUCAAGACUUAAAGCCACCUGAGUAAAACAUAUGAUUCUGACAAGAAAUUCAACAGAUGGAGAGUAUGCGGGAAGAAGCUGCGAAAAAGCAGUGAUAAUUUGUCUAUAUGAUACCUUUGCAGGUUGUACGAUGAGUAUCAGCCAGCCCAUGGGUUUGUCACAGAAGAGCAAGAACCAGCUUGUCCUUGACAUCGGAGAGGCAGGUUUCAUACUGAAGGAAUGGGAGGCAGACAGGCACACAUACAGCGACUUCAAGAAACUCCACCCGCCUGAAAUCCCACUCAACACGCCAGGCACGGCUGGUGAGAUCUACUCCCUCUGCCAGCCAGGUUCAGUCUCUUUAGCCGUAGCCAUCGGCAUGAACCACAAGCGGGCCCAUAAGGUCAUCUCCUCCCUCCAGGCCUACCCCACCUGGCUCCCUCUAACCCUCUUCAUUUACGGGGACUUCAUGGAGCAGUUUCCGGACACCGUCAUGGCCUGGGCCCGGUGAUACAGGCUCAGGAUCCAAAAGGACGGUGACUACCCCCAGGCCUACCUAGAAAAGAUGCUCAAGAAUCUCAUCUGCCGUAGUCUUGUCAGUUCCCUGAUGCAUCUGCGAGAGCUGGACGUGAAAACGGCCCUCUACUGGCCGGCAGUCAACGGCAGCAGCUUGUCAAGGUUUAAACCGCUAGCCAAGGCAGGAGGGAUUAGGAUAUCCAGCCUACAGUUGAAUUUCCUGGCAAAUUGGAAUCCUGCCAACCCUGUUGACCCUGCCAACGCUGUUCAGCCCGCCGACCCUGUAGACCCUGUCGACCCUGCAAACCAGUGUUGGAGGUCUCGAGGCCGGCCUCGGCCUCGAGGCCGGCCUCGAGGCCGAUUUUCAUGGC